AUGCCGAGCUAUCAGGCACCAAGACCACCGGGACCAAAUGACUUCCAAGUUCGUGCCUUCUCUAUAAUGAGCCGGAUAAACGCGACCGCGAAUGAGAUAAAGGAGGAGAUGACGAAGACGUGCGAGGCGGUAAAAGAAGCACUUGCGGAUUGUGAUAGUCCCGAAGCUCUUGCGAAACUCAGAUGCCUGGACGAUCUUGUAUAUUCUACUAGCCCGACUGUAACGCCUAUAAUCAAGACCCGUGCCAUCGUCGAUGAACAUAUAGAUUUCUCGUCCCUGCUUAGCAACAAAUCACUUAAAGGGGAAGCACCUGCAUCGGAGUCAAUGUCGAAGGAGGAAGCACAGGAAAAGCCAGAGAGGAAGAAGAAGAAGCCCGGGGACAGCAAGAUAGACAAGGGACGGAAGAUGUGGAUAGAAAAGAAGAAACGGAAAAACUCAGAAAGCAGUAGUUCCACGCAGAUUGCUACUUCCGACCUCGAGGUUGGUGAUACCGACGACUACGAGGAGGACUUCCACGAAUACUCCGACCCGGAACAAGAUGAGUACGAUCUGCUUUCAUCGGGGUUUAACGUUAGCAUGUCGGGAGUCGUAAGGGGGAAUGACGAAGAGAAGGAGGAAUCUGCUGACACUGAUACGCCGCCACACCUUACCCCAGCUUGCGAGAGCCCUGUAAUGUCCGACGCAGAAUCCACCAUAUCUUCGGCUUCGGGCAGCGUGGUUAUAUCGAGGUCAAGACGCAACCCUGUAUCGUCCGACGUGUCAGCAAGCUCCUCUACGGUAUCAGCCAAACCAGUUUUCGUAAGACAUGGAAGCACAAGAUCUACCUCUGUUCCUACCGCCCCUCCAUCUUCUUCCUCCGGGAUCGACGGCACCAGUGAUAGUCCUCCGUCGCAGGUAAAGCACCUUUUAAAAACUACUCACGACGAGGAUAUUACGAACGAUUUGCAACGUGUCUGA